UUUUACCCCAAAAAAAACUUACUUAUUUUCGCCACAAAUUAAAAAAAAAACUAUUUAUACAGGCCUCGUGUUGCGGCGUUUUAGAGGCAACGAAGUCGUCUUAAGCAGACGGCUCAAAUAAACGACAUCGUCUCACUGAUUAUCAGGCCGCAGCGACAACCCUCGUAUGUGUUUCGCACUAGCCGGAACAACUCAAAACCAAAACCCCGAGCCGAGUCCGACGGAGUCCAACAUUUAUGUGAGUGUGACAUCAUCACUCUUCAAAUCUCUCAGUAUCUCUGGCCACUUCUUCAUCGUCUAAAAAUGGCGAACCUCACGCAUAAGUUCGCCAAAAGCAGACCCUCAUUGCGAUUCCUCACAUCCCUCAAUACCCAUCUGGUCCCAAAAUCGGACCCUUCUCUCGCUUCCCAGCACACCCAUUUCGCCGCUCCCAAACCCGAAUUCACAGUUUCCCCGAUUUUCAGUUUGGGCGGAGACAAGGUAGAGAUUGAGCCUUAUAAAUGCUCACAUAUUUUCCCUAGUUUUCCAUUUGGGUAUUGCUUAAAUGCUAUUCCCUCAACUGGGUCUGGACCAUUGAGGGUCGACCAGGUCGAGGGGGUCGAUAGUGAGGACUCGCGGACGGUGUGGGCUGAUAGUGUCAAGAAGAAGAGGAAGAAGAAGAUGAACAAGCAUAAGUAUAAGAAGCUUCGGAAGCGUCUUCGUCGAAAGGCAAGAACUUGAAGUCGUUUGCGAGGUUUAGGGUCAAACCUUGGUGUUUUAUUUUAGAAUUGUUUGAAGCUUGUUUCUUUUUGUUUUUAUCUCAACUUCAAAUUAUGCAUCUGAUUUUAGAGAUUGAACUAGAAUCUAGUAAUUUACAGAAAUUUUUGUUUGAAUUAUAGAGACGGAAAUAAUUGAGAUUAGCAUGACAGUUAUGAGCAUUCUUUUAGCAUUA